CCGAGUUCCGACUGCCAACUGGCAACUGCAAAGUGCCAAAAAAGCUUGACCUUUGUCGUUGUCACACUAAACAUGUUUAUAUACUUUACUUCACAAUAAUUAUCAAUUUUAUAUAUUUAUUUCGGUACAUAAGUAAGAAAGUUUUAGGUUAAAUAACUAAUUUAUAAAUCACAAACAUCAUUUCAAGAUAUGUCUCUGCUAAAAUUAUUAAGAACUAAUACGAGGCAGAUUUUUGUGAAAUUGAAUGAGAGACAAGUACUUGUUAUUUCAUCAAAAAAGUUUAGCUGUGUACCAUCUGUAUACGAUCAAGAGAAUCCUGGGCCAAAAUUUUUUUCAUCAGGUGUUCAGAUAUUAUUGAAGAGGCUAACUAGACCUGAUUUUACCAAAGUUUUUCGAAAAAGAACAAACAGUAAUAUCCCUGUUUUGCGUACUCCUGUGUAUAAAUUUUUGACUGACGAAGAACUCGCGAUAGAAAAGGAAAAUGCCAAUAAAAGGGCAGAUCGAUUACUGCAGAUGCCCCCUGUUGUAAAGGUCCAUGAACCCAUUGUUGAUGUUUUGGCAAGGGAUCCAGCUCUAAUAGGAUAUGAUUCUUCUACUUACCUCUUCACUGAUAUUACCUUUGGAGUUGCUAAUGAACACAGAAUUAUUGUGGAAAGAGGUCCAGAUGGAACACUACAAUCGUGUGAUUAUGACACUAGAAAAAGACUAAAUCAGAUAUAUUUUCCAUCAGAUGGCCGUAAGUUAAGAGAGCCAAAAAUGUUUUCGGACAAAGAGAGAUUCGAUAGCUUACUAGAGAGGGAGAAAUAUGAGUAUGUUUUGGAUCUGGCCUGUGUGCAAUAUGACCCUGACGAGAGAAAGUAUCAAGAAAUAACCAGUAUCACAUACCAACAUGUUGAUAAAUAUAGCAAGUUUGAUCUUUUAAGAUCAACACGUCACUUCGGGCCAUUUGCAUUUUACCUAACGUGGCAUCACAGUAUAGACAAUCUGUUGUUGGAGCUGGUGCAAACCGGCGCUGUUCGGGAGGGAGUACUCCUGAUAGCUCUACGUCAGGCAAUUCAUGCAGACAUAAUUGAUGGAGAGGAAUGCAACUCUUUAGUUACACAGAUAUUACCCACACCAAUACAGUUGACUAAGAAUGAAAAACUUACCGAGGAUGAUAUAAAUCUCGACACAAAAUGUACUGAGUGUGUGGAUAAAUAUAUCAAGAACAGUUCAUCAAUGAAGAGCCAACAGGCGCUGGCUUUGCAAGGGUUCAGAGAGUAUUAUCAGAACCUUGUGGAACUUAGCAGAGGAUUGAGGAAAGCGCAUGGAAAUGUUUAAAUAUUAGAUAAAUAAAUUUGCUAGUUACGAA